AUGAGCUUAGGAAUGAUUAAUCAUAGUCUUGUGAAAUGUUCAGGUUUUUCAGCCAUAAACAAGACAUUUGCAAAAGGCUUACCACAAUUUUUCACAACAAAACAAAUUGCUGCAAAAACAGAAAAUGUCAAUCAAUUCACAACACUAAUGGCAAAGUUCAGGAACGUUGAAAGCAAUCUGACUAACAGAAAUCAUACAAUUAAGUACAAUCAACGUCGUUUAAAUGGAUGUGAAAAGAGCUUAAGAAACUGCAAACCUAAUAGAAUUGUCCGGAUAUUGUGGGACACCAAAAUGUGCUUAGACAAUGAAAUGCCAGCAAAUCCCUAUUGA